AUGAUACCCUUCCCCCCAGAUGAGGAGACUGACGCAGCUAAGGGCAUGGGAAUUGCAGAGGGUCUAGCAGGUGUGAACUUGGCCCUGGCAGUUUUUGCGGCGGGCAGUGGGCUCAGCAGGAUGACGGUUCUGCCUGCGGCUCAUGAAACCCUGGGCCCGCCUGCGAGGGCCUCGAUUUCUGCCCUUUCUCCACCUGCGGGCGCUAGGAGGAGGGUUGACGGCUGGGAGCGGCCUCGGCGCCCCAGGGAGCCGGAGGGCGGGACAACACCGCCACCCACAGCCUCCCGGGGCGCAUUGCAGCCGCGGCGGCGGACCAGACUGCGGCGCGGGGCGCGCUCAGCCGGCGGACGCCCGCGCCUCUGGGUCCUGGUGGUCCUGGGCGCCGGCUGCGCGGGCUGGGGGGUCCCGGGGGCCGACGCGGCGCGGCUGAGGCAGUUCUACGUGGCGGCGCAGGGCAUCCGCUGGAACUACCGCCCCGAGCCCGCAAACCUGAGUUCAAAUCCUUUUGCAACUUCCUUUAAGAAAAUUGUCUACAGAGAGUAUGAACCAUAUUUUAAGAAAGAAAAACCACGAUCCAAAAUUUCAGGACUUCUUGGGCCUACUUUGUAUGCUGAAGUUGGAGACAUCAUGAAAGUUCACUUCAAGAAUAAGGCAGACAAGCCCUUGAGCAUCCACCCCCAAGGAAUUAAAUACAGUAAAUUCUCAGAAGGUGCUUCUUACCCUGACCACACAUUCCCUGUGGAAAAGCUGGAUGAUGCUAUAGCCCCAGGCCAUGAAUAUACCUAUGAGUGGAAUAUCACCGAGGACAGUGGGCCCACGCACAGUGACCCUCCGUGCCUCACACACAUCUACUACUCCUAUGAAAAUUUGGUAGAGGACUUCAACUCUGGGCUGAUUGGACCUCUGCUUAUUUGUAAGAAAGGCACCCUAACUGAGGAUGGGAUUCAGAAGAUGUUUGACAAACAACAUGUGCUGAUGUUUGCUGUGUUUGAUGAGAGCAAGAGCUGGAGCCAGUCAUCCUCUUUAAUGUACACAGUCAAUGGUUACGUGAAUGGGACAAUGCCAGAUAUCACUGUUUGUGCCCAUGACCACGUUAGCUGGCAUCUGAUUGGAAUGAGCUCUGGGCCGGAACUGUUCUCCAUUCAUUUCAACGGCCAGGUCUUGGAGCAGAAUCAUCAUAAGAUCUCAGCCAUCACCCUUGUCAGUGCUACGUCUACUACUGCAAACAUGACUAUGAGCCCAAAGGGAAGAUGGAUCAUAUCUUCUCUCAUCCCAAGACAUUUUCAAGCUGGGAUGCAGGCUUAUCUAGACAUCGAAGACUGUGCAAAGAAAACCAGGAAUCCUAAGAAACUGACUCGUGACCAGAGGCGGCACAUUAAGAGAUGGGAAUACUUCAUUGCUGCAGAGGAAGUCAUUUGGGACUAUGCACCUAUAAUGCCAGCGAAUAUGGACAAAAAAUACAGAUCUCUGCAUUUGGAUAAUUUCUCAAACCAAAUUGGAAAACAAUAUAAGAAGGUUGUCUAUAAACAGUACCAAGAUGGGUCCUUCACCAAACGCAUGGAGAAUCUCAAUAUCAAAGAAGAUGGGAUCUUGGGCCCUAUUAUCCGAGCCCAGGUCAGAGACACGCUCAAGAUCGUGUUCAAAAAUAUGGCCAGCCGUGUCUACAGCAUUUAUCCUCAUGGAGUGACCUUCUCUCCUUAUGAAGAUGAAGUCAACUCUUCCUUCGCUUCAGGCAAUAACACCAUGAUCAGAGCAGUUCAACCAGGGGAAACCUAUACUUACAAGUGGAACAUCCUAGAGUCCGAUGAACCCACAGAAAAUGAUGCCCAGUGCUUGACAAGACCAUAUUACAGUAACGUGGACAUCACAAGGGACAUUGCCUCUGGGCUGCUUGGGCUACUGCUGAUUUGUAAGAGCAGAUCCCUGGAUAAACGAGGCAUACAGAGGGCAGCGGACAUGGAGCAGCUGGCGGUGUUUGCUGUAUUUGAUGAGAACAAGAGCUGGUACAUUGAGGACAAUAUUAACAAGUUCUGUGAAAACCCCGAUAAGGUGAAACGUGAUGACCCCAAGUUUUAUGAAUCAAACGUCAUGAGCACUAUCAAUGGCUAUGUGCCCGAGAGUAUCCCCACACUAGGAUUCUGCUUUGAUGACACUGUCCAGUGGCACUUCUGCAGUGUAGGCACCCAGGAUGACGUUUUGACCAUUCACUUCACUGGGCACUCAUUCGUCUAUGGAAAGAGACACGAGGACACCUUGACCCUCUUCCCCAUGCGGGGGGAGUCUGUGACCGUCACAAUGGAUAAUGUUGGAACUUGGAUAUUAACUACAGUGAAUUCCAAUCCAAGAAGCAAGAACCUAAGGCUGAGAUUCAGGGAUGUUAAGUGUAUCCGGGAUGAGGAUGAAGACUCACAUGAGUUUAUAUACGAACCUCCGGCAUCUACAGCCAUGACUACACGGAAAAUGCGUGAUUCUUCAGAAGACGGAGAUGAAGAGGCUGAUGCUGACAGUGAUUAUCAGGAAAACCUGGCUUUAUGGUUAGGAAUCAGAUCAUUCAGAAAUUCAUCAUUGAACCAGGAGGAAGAUGAGUUUAAUUUUACUGCCCUAGCUCUGGAGGACUACUCAGAAUUCAUCCCUUCAAGUACUGAUACAGCUGUUCGUUCAAAUUCUUCUUUCCUAAAUAGAAUUAACAGGCUUAUUGCCAAUAACUUUGCAGGACCUCAGAAAACUCUUCCUCACCCAGAAACCACCACAGCUGGUCCCCCCUUGGGACACAUUGGCUUAGACAAGAAUUCAGUUCUCAACUCUUCCACAGCAGAGCAUUCCAGCCCUUAUUCUGAAGACUCCAUGGAGGAUCCUCUCCCAUCAGAUAUCACAGGGAUAAGCCUACUUCCACUCAACACAGAAGGUUUCAGGAGUCAAGAACAUGCUAAGCAUAAGGGAUCCAAGAAAGGAAGUUACCACGCAACAAAGCACAGGAUCUCCCAGGUGGGACUUUCAGAGCAUAAAACUGAGAGACAUUUAAGCCAAAGCAACUCUUCUCUUUCCAGAAUGAGACCCUGGGACGACCUUCUCAGUGAUCCGUUACUCUUAAAACAAAAGAAUCCAUCUAAGAUUUUGAAUGGGAAAUGGCAUCUGGCUUCUGAGAAAGGUAGUUAUGAAAUAGUCAAAGAUGCUGAUAAAGACAUAGCCGUUGAUAAGCUGCCAAGCAGCCCCCAGAAUGCCUCAAGGACUUGGGGGGAAAGAAUCCCUUUUACAAACAAGCACAUAAAGCAGAGUGGUCACCCCAAAUUUUCUGAAAUUAGAAAUAGAUUUCUACAAGUAAGACAGGAUGGAGGAAACAGUGGAUUGAAGAAAAGCCCUUUUUUUAUUAAAACACGAAAAAAGAAAAAGGAAGAGAAGCUUACACACCAUAGUCCUCUAUCUCCAAGGGGCUUUCAUCCUCUAAGAAAGGCUAAUACCACAUUUUCAGACAGGAGACGUGAUCAUUCAUUAUUAUUCUACAAACCCAAGGAACCAUAUUUUCUACCCACAGACCUCAAUAAGACAUUCCCCUCUAUGAAUCUUAGCCUUAUAGCCUCACUUCCUAACCAUAAUCAGAAUCUUCCAAAUUAUACCAGUCAGACAGUCUCCCCUUUAGAUCUUUAUCAGACAAUAACCCCAGAAGAACACUAUCAAACAUUCCCUAUUCAAGACUCUGAUCAAAAGCACUCCACUACAGACUCUAGUCGUGGAUCUCUCCCAGAGCCUGGCCAGACGCUCAACUAUGACCCAAGAAACAAGUCCUUCCCUACUGACAUUGCUCAGAGGCUCCCUUCCAUGGAACCUGAAGUCUGGCAUACAACCAUCUCUGCAGAUCUUAGUCAACCAACCCUUUCCCCAGACCUUGGCCAGAUGCCCCUUUCCCCAGACCUCAGCCAGGAGACUCUCUUCUCAGACCUCAGCCAGAUGUCCCUUUCACCAGACCACAGACAAGCAACCCUUUCUCCAGACCACAGACAAGCAACCCUUUCCCCAGAUCUCAGCCAUACAGCCCUUUCCCCAGACCUUGGCCAGACAGCCCUUUCCCCAGACCAAGGCCAGACGGCCCUUUCCCCAGACCUCGGCCAGAUGGCCCUUUCCCCAGAUCUUGGCCAGAUGCCCCUUUCCCCAGAUCUCAGCCAAGAGCCUCUAUUAUCAGACCUCAGCCAGAUCACCCUUUCUCCAGACCUCAGCCAGAUAGAUCUUUCCCCAGACCUCAGUGAGAUAACAAUUUCCCCAGAUCUCAUAAAGAUGAACCUUUCUGCAGACCUCAGCCAGAUGCCCUUCUUCCCAGACCUUAGCCAAGAGACUCUCUCAUCAGAUGUCAGCCAAACAACCCUUUCUCCAGAUACCAGCCAGACAACACUUUCUCAAGACCUUGGUCAGAUACCCCUUGCCCCAGACCUCAGCCAGGCAUUUCUCUCUCCAGACAUUAAUCAAACAGCCCUUCCUCCUGAUCUCAGGCAGAUGUCACCUCCUCUUGAUCUUGGUCAGACAUCCAACUCCUCUGAAUCUAGUCAUUCGUUGUUUCUUCCAGAAUUUGGUCAGACUUCCCCUUCUCCAGACCUUGGUCAGGCACCCUCUCCUCCACUAUCUUCUACCCUAAAUAACACUUUUAUACCAAGGGAACUUAACCCACCAGUUGUAAUAGGCCUCAGUGGAAAUGAUGGAGAUUAUAUUGAGAUUAUUCCAAGGCAGAAGGAAGAGAGCAGUGAAGAAAUCUUUUAUGACAUUGAUUACGUGGCCUAUGAUGACCCUUACCAAACUGAUGUUAGGGCGGACAUCAACUCUUCGAGAAAUCCUGACAGCAUUGCAGCAUGGUAUCUCCGCAGCAACAAUGGAAACAAGAAAUAUUAUUACAUUGCUGCUGAAGAAAUCUCCUGGGAUUAUUCAAAAUUUGCUCAAAGUGAAACAGAUAAUGAAGACAUUGAUGAUGUUCCAGAGAACACCGUGUACAAGAAAGUGGUCUUUCGAAAGUAUCUUGAUGGCACUUUUACCAAACGUGAUCCUAUAGGGGAGCUUGAAGAGCAUCUUGGCAUUCUUGGUCCUGUUAUUAGAGCUGAAGUGGAUGAUGUCAUCCAAGUUCGUUUUAAAAAUUUAGCAUCCAGACCGUAUUCUCUUCAUGCCCAUGGGCUUUCCUAUGAAAAGUCAUCAGAGGGGAAGUCUUAUGAAGAUGAGUCUCCUGAGUGGUUUAAGGAAGAUAAUGCUGUUCGGCCAAACAGCAGUUAUACGUAUGUAUGGCAUGCCACUCCGCGGUCGGGACCGGAAAAUCCUGGCUCUGCCUGCCGGGCUUGGGCCUACUACUCAGCAGUGAACCCGGAAAAAGAUAUCCAUUCUGGCUUGAUAGGUCCCCUUCUGAUCUGCCAAAAAGGAGUACUCCAUAAGGAGAGCAACACGCCCAUGGACAUGAGAGAAUUUGUCUUUCUUUUUAUGGUCUUUGAUGAAAGGAAGAGCUGGUACUAUGAAAAGAAACCCCAGUCUGCCAGGGCCUGGAGUCGGACAUCCUCCACAGAAACCUCCCAUAAGUUUUAUGCCAUUAAUGGGAUGAUCUACAGCUUGCCUGGCCUCAGAAUGUACAAGCAAGAGUGGGUGAGAUUGCACCUGCUGAACAUGGGCGGCUCCCGAGACAUUCAUGUGGUUCACUUUCACGGCCAGACCUUGCUGGAAAACGGCACUCAACAGCACCAGCUAGGGGUCUGGCCCCUUCUGCCUGGUUCAUUUAAAACCCUUGAAAUGAAGGCAUCAAAAUCUGGUUGGUGGCUCCUCAACACGGGGGUUGGAGAAAACCAGAGAGCUGGGAUGCAGACACAGUUUCUCAUCAUAGACUCAGAAUGUAAGAUGCCAAUGGGACUAAGCAGUGGUAUCGUAGCUGAUUCGCAGAUCAAGGCUUCUGGGCAUUGGGGUUAUUGGGAGCCCAAAUUAGCAAGAUUAAACAAUGGUGGAUCAUAUAAUGCUUGGGUCACUGAAAAACUUUCAGAAGAUCACCCUAAACCUUGGAUCCAGGUGGACAUGCAGAGGGAAGUCGUGUUCACAGGGAUCCAGACCCAAGGUGCCAAACACUAUCUGAAGUCCUACUACACCACAGAGUUCUAUGUGGCCUACAGCUCUGACCAGACCAACUGGCAGAUCUUCAAGGGGAACAGCACAAGGAACGUGAUGUAUUUUGAUGGCAAUUCGGAUGCCUCUACAAUAAAAGAGAAUCAGUUUGACCCACCUAUUGUGGCUAGAUAUAUUAGGAUCUCUCCAACCAGAUCCUACCAUAGACCUGCCCUUCGCUUGGAGCUACAAGGCUGUGAGGUUAACGGAUGUUCCACACCGCUGGGUAUGGAAAGUGGAAAGAUAGAAAACAAGCAAAUCACAGCUUCUUCGUUUAAAAAAUCUUGGUGGGGAGAUUACUGGGAACCCUCCCGUGCCCGUCUCAAUGCCCAGGGCCGUGUGAAUGCCUGGCAAGCCAAGGCAAACAAUAACAAGCAGUGGUUACAAAUUGACCUGCUCAAAAUCAAGAAAAUAACUGCGAUUGUAACCCAGGGCUGCAAGUCUCUGUCCUCGGAAAUGUUCGUGAAGAGCUACACCAUCCACUACAGUGACCAGGGAGUGGAUUGGAAACCUUACAGGCAGAAAUCCUCCAUGGCGGACAAGAUUUUUGAAGGAAAUAAUAAUAUCAAAGGACAUGUGAAGAAUUUUUUCAACCCACCAAUUAUUUCCAGGUUUAUCCGCAUCAUUCCUAAAACAUGGAACCAAAGUAUUGCACUUCGCUUGGAACUCUUUGGCUGUGAUAUGUACUAGAAUUGAAUAUUCAAAAAACUUAGGAAGGACUCUUAAAGAUAUCAAGCCAUUUAAAGUGGGCAAUGUAUUUUAUAGCUAUUUUAAAUAUUAAUAACUUUCAUUGUUUCCCUUUUUUCUAUUAGAGAGUACAAUCGUAUAUAUGAAACUUCCAUCAUGUAACUCCUUGCUACGUACGAUUCAGUGAGACGAUGGCUGUUAUUUAUUCAGAUAUAUGGGAAAAUGUCAAGAAGCAACAAGCUUAUCUUUCACAAUGAUUAAAAAUGCUAUAUCAAGUAAUA